AUGCGUGCUGUGUUGGCUACUUCCGGAACAGAAGAUGUUGUAGUUACAAACAAUAUUGUUAAUGAGAUGAUAGGCACAACAAUUGAAACAUUAGCAUGUGUUGCACAUUUUCGUACAACAGCUGCCGAUGGUACAGACAAUGAUGUUGACGAUGAUGAUGAUGAUGGAAGAGUUGUUGAUGAUGAUGAUCGAAGAGUUGAUGAAGAUUUAGAUCAUGGCAAUGUUUCUUCAAUAACAGUUUUUGUUGCUUCACAUUGGUCCUUUGUACCUAUUAUAUGA